AUGAAGUUCAUGCCCAUCUUGCUUGGCCUUGUGGCAACCAGCAUCGCCCAGCCCAUCGCAAAGCGUGCCGUCUUCACACAAUCAACCUAUGACGAUCUGUCCAUCAGCGGCGGCGUAGCAGGCAACGCCCAGCAAGAGGCUCUACAGAAACUUGGUGGCCUACCCAACAACCUGUCAACCGUCGAGAAAGACGACCUCGACUUUCUGAACAGUGUCAAUCAAAUCGCGAAUGACGCGGAAACCGACGCGUUCAAUCCUGCUAUUGAUGCAGCCUCCGGAGAAGAAGCUGAUGCUCUCCAGCGGGGCAAGAUCAAGAACAAGGUCCUGAAGCUCACCGCUACCGUCCUCAAACUAGAGGCACAACAGGCCCAAGGUGACGACGUCGCUGAUAAGCUGGAGGAGGAGAACAAGAAGCUGCAGAACAACAUUGCACAAGAUCAGGAGGCUGCAGGUCAGGCUUCGACAUUCCUGCCAUUCAACGCAAAUGAACGUACUGCCAGAGCCUUCAGCUAUGACAUGUCCAGCUUCCACAACAUGCAUCCAUGGCUUUCAUACAAACUGACCACAUCCAGAGGAUUAUUACGGGUCUUGACGCCAAGUAACGACCAAUUUAUCAUGUUCGGGUCCGAUAAAUCAUGGUCUCUAUGGGACAGCACUUCUAUCAACGAUGCAUUUGUUGUUGAUGCACCGGGCGACAAAGCCGUGGUGACAAAGGUCCAUAGCCCUUAUCUGUUGGGCUACAGCCCAACAAACCCCAAUGGACGCGGCAUUCUCGUCAUCGGAGGCGGAGGUUACAUCGAGCUCAUGCUCGGUCGUGAAGGUGUCGCCGUCGCCAAAUGGCUGAAUAGCCUUGGGUUCUACGCCUUUGUUCUCGUACACCGUUUCCCCAACAGCGAAACAGGGCCACAAGCACCUUUGGAUGACGGGAGACGAGCUUUGAAGAUCAUGGCAGAGAGCGGCCUUACGCCAAAAGGUGUCAGCAUUUGUGGUCUCUCAUCAGGUGGCCAUCUCGGUGCUGCACUUCUGGCAGAAUACCCCCAAGCGUGGACAUCGCCUGAUCCCAAAAUCCCUCAAGUCGAGUUUGCCAUCCUUGGUUAUGGACCCAUUUCAACGAAUGCAAUCGGACGACAAAUCAUCGAGAAUAAACCGCCUCUACCACCCAAGGAGAAACAAGAGUUUUACAAUAUUGUGCAGCCAGAUGUUCAACUAAGCUCUCCGGCUCCCCCUACAUUUAUUGUAUACUCCAACAAUGAUCCUGUUGUGCCGGUGGUCAACGCGUACCGCUUGGCGGAAGGAUUCACGAAGAAGGGCGCCCCGGUCGAGUUGCAUAUCUUUGCUGAUGCGCCCCAUGGGUUUGCGUUAGAUAGCGAUAAGGAAUUGCCAGUUUCAAAAUGGCCGUUGUUGUGUGAAGCAUGGCUAAAGCAAAACAAAUGGAUAGAAUAG